GCAGCGAACAUGUCGACAGGAUUGGGAAUGUGUGCCACACUUGUGCUGUGCCUGGCUCUGGUCCAGCCAGCCGUUAUACGUCCUGAGCUCGAUGCCGACUCCGAGUCCGAGCAAGAGACUACCACCAGCCCGAGUCUGGAGGGAGAUGUGACCACCGAAGAGGUUACUACGUCGGCCAGCCCCGCUUUUAGUCGCGAUGAGGAGGCUAGCAUAUUGAUUGACCCGGCCCCAGGAACCCUCCAGGAGGAUGUUGCACCCCAACAGAAGUCUGCGAAGCUCCUCCUGCUGAGCACCCCAUCCAAGCGAACCGUGGAGAUUGAACGUCAGCUGGAGGAGCAGGACGAGGGAGAGGACAGCAAGGCGGACGCUGUGGAAAGUGAGGCAGCCACCGCAGCCACCACCACGCCACAGCCCACCGCAGAUGAGCAGACCACAGACAGCCAGGACCAGGGCAGUCCCACCGCAGAGGGCAGCGAGUCGGAGGAAACCACAACUUCGGCCACAACAAAACUGUUUACCAUCGAGGGCACAGGCGGCGAGGACGCGGCCCAGCCCAAUGUGGCCGUAUCCCUGGCUCAGGACUCUGUCAACACCACAGUUUCGAUUGCCGAGCAGCCGCAGGUGCCCGGCGACAACAAUGCGGCCGUGGAACUCUCCCUCGUAGAACCGGAGGCCGAGUACGUGCUGGUUGAGAGCCACGGCCACCCGGAUGAGCUGGACCUUCAGCUGGGGAGCUUCACGCACAUCGACAGCGAAGUGCACUUGCAGCCGGUGGUGCACUCGGUGGAAAUCGUUCCCACCAGCUUCGACGAUCCUUUGAUUGUCAAUUACGUGCACAAUUUGCGAUGA